AUGUCAUCAAUUACAAAAUUUAUAAAAUCACCAAAUCCAUUACCUACUUUUUUCUUUUCUCAUGGUGGUCCAACUUUUAUGUAUGAAGAUGAUUCAUUUGGUAAUAAAGGAGCAUGGAAUAAAAUAAAAAACAUUGGAUCCAAAAUUAAAAAUAAUUGGAAACCAGAUUAUAUUAUUGUAUUAAGUGCACAUUGGCAAAGUUCAAAAAAUAAUCUUAUAGAAAUUAGUACAACUAAUGGUAAAGAAAAUGAAUUAAUUUAUGAUUUUUAUGGAUUUCCAAAUUAUAUGUAUAAAGAAGAAUUUCAUUCAAAAAAUAAUAAAUUUAUAGCUGGAGAAAUUUCAAAGAAAUUAAAAGAAUUUGGAUUUGAUUCAAAAUUAACUAAUCGUGGUAUUGAUCAUGGAGUAUGGGUUCCUUUUAAAGUUGCAUUUAGUGAUUAUACUACUCAAACUAAACCACAACCAAUAAAUAAAGAUUUAGAUUUACCUACAACUUCUAUAAUUCAAGUAUCAUUAACUUUUAGUGAUAAAGAUUUUGAUUCAAAUUUUAAAUUGGGUGAAAUUUUAAAUUUCUUUAGAGAAAAUGAAAUAUAUGAUGAAUCACAACAAAAAUAUUUAAAGGGGAUGAUUAUAUGUUCAGGAAUGUCUGUACAUAAUUUAAGAGAUUUAGGUAUAUCAAUGAGACAACCAUCACAAGUUAUGCCAUAUGUUAAACCUUUUAAUAAUUUAUUAAAAAAUAUUGUUGAAAAAGAAGAAGAUAAAUUAUUAAAGUUUAAUGAAUUACAAAAAAAUCCUAUUUUAAGACAAGCUCAUCCUACUUUUGAACAUUUUUUACCUAUAAUUGUUGCUAGUGGGGUUGCAAAAGAUUCAAAUUUACCUAUAAAGGAAUUAUAUAAUGAUGAAUUUGCAAGUUUAGGUUGGGGAAUUUAUCAAAUUGGUGAUUCUCCAAAAUUAUAG